ACCCAGAGAAGGUUGGUGGAGAGCCGGGGGGGAACGGGAUGUCCCAGGGGAUACUAAGCAGUCAGCAGCUCUACCCCUGUCCUGUCUGUGGCAAGGUGUUCGGCAGGCAACAGACCCUCUCCAGACACCUGGCUCUACACACAGGUGAGUCCACUAAGCACACGAACACACACACACACACUCCCUUUGCAUCUCUGCGUACAGUUCCCUGUGUGUGUUGUGACAUGUCUUGUCAUUGUUCCCUUGGCGUGUGUCUGUGUGUGUGACUGUGUGUGUGUAAUGCCCUGUAAUAAGUAAAUAAAGUUUAGUAGACUGGAUUACCCUUUCCUUUAAAGAGAUUACCACCAUGAUUAGUCUCAGUGGGAAAACUGCCCGCGUAAUUACCAAGCCAGAAGGCUGCCCUGCGUCCCAGUACACACACACACACACACACACACACACACACACACGGACGGACGCACUCACUGAUGCGCAGACACACACAUACGCGCACACACACCGCUGCCCCCCAGAGUGGAUAGAGCCAGAUGGAUCCAUACACACAGCAUUGGGGCCACACCAUAUCUGAUGCAAAACCACAUACUACUGUGUCUGUACAUGCUUUUAUGCAUAUUAAUACAUAUGCAUACGUACAUAUAAAUACACAUACAGUACCAGUCAAAAGUUUGGACACCUACUCAUUCAAGGGUUUUUCUUCAUUUUUACUAUUUUCUACAUUGUGAAUAAUAGUGAAGACAUCAAAACUAUGAAAUAACACAUAUGGAAUCAUGUAGUAACCAAAAAAGUGUUAAACAAAUCAAAAUAUAUGUUAUAUUUUUUAUUCUUCAAAAUAGCCACCCUUCGCCUUGAUGACAGCUUUGCACACUCUUGACAUUCUCUCAACCAGCUUCACCUGGAAUGCUUUUCCAACAGUCUUGAAGGAGUUUCCACAUAUGCUGAGCACUUGUUGGUUGUUUUUCCUUCACUCUGCGGUCCAACUCAUCCCAAACCAUCUCAAUUGGGUUGAGGUCGGGUGAUUGUGGAGGUCAGGUCAUCUGAUGCAGCACUCCAUCACUCCCCUUCUUGGUUAAAUAGCCCUUACACAGCCUGGAGGUGUGUUGGGUCAUUGUCCUGUUGAAAAACAAAUGAUAGUCCCACUAAGCGCAAACUAGAUGGGAUGGUGUAUUGCUGCAGAAUGCUGUGGUAGCCAUGCUGGUUAAGUGUGCCUUGAAUUCUAAAUAAACCACCAACAGUGUCACCAGCAAAGCACCCCCACACCAUAACACCUCCUCCUCCAUGCUUCACGGUGGGAACCACACAUGCAGAGAUCAUCCGUUCACCUACUCUGCGUCUCACAGACCCGGCGGUUGGAACCAAAAAUCUCAAAUUUGGACUCAUCAGACCAAAGGACAGAUUUCCACCGCUCUAAUGUCCAUUGCUCAUGUUUCUUGGCCCAAGCAAGUAUUUUCUUCUUAUUGGUGUCCUUUAGUAGUGGUUUCUUUGCAGCAACUCAACCAUGAAGGCCUGAUUCACGCAGUCUCCUCUGAACAGUUGAUGUUGAGAUGUGUCUGUUACUUGUACUCUGUGAAGCAUUUAUUUGGGCUGCAAUUUCUGAGGCUGGUAACUGUAAUGAACUUAUCCUCUGCAGCAGAGGUAAGUCUGGGUCUUCCUUUCCUGUGGCGGUCCUCAUGAGAACCAGUUUCAUCAUAGCGCUUGAUGGUUUUUGCGACUGCAACUUUCAAAGUUCUUGAAAUGUUCUGUAUUGACUGACCUUCAUGUCUUAAAGUAAUGAUGGACUGUUGUUUCUCUUUGCUUAUUUGAGCUGUUCUUGCCAUAAUAUGGACUUGGUCUUUUACCAAGUAGGCCUAUCUUCUGUAUACCCCCACUACCUUGUCACAACCCAACUGAUUGGCUCAAACGCAUUAAGAAGGAAAGAAAUUCCACAAAUUAACUUUUAACAAGGCACACCUGUUAAUUUAAAUGCAUUCCAGGUGACUACCUCAUGAAGCUGGUUGAGAGAAUGCCAAGAGUGUGCAAAGCUGUUAUCAAGGCAAAGGGUGGCUACUUUGAAGAAUCUCAAAUAUAAAAUAUAUUUUGAUUUGUUUAACACUUUUUUGGUUACUACGUGAUUCCAUAUGUGUUAUUUCAUAGUUUUGAUGUCUUCACUAUUAUUCUACAAUGUAGAAAAUAGUACAAAUAAAAAGAAAAAACCUUGAAUGAGUAGGUGUGUCCAAACUUUUGACUGGUACUGUAUGAAUAAAUAUUAAUACAUAUAAAUACAUACACUGAGUGUACAGAACAUUAAGAACACCUUCCUAUUAUUGAGUUGCGCCCCCUUUUGCCCUCAGAACAGCCUCAAUUCGUCAGGGUAUGGACUCUACAAGGUGUCGAAAGCAUUCCACAGGGAUGCUGGCCCAUGUUGACCCCAAUGUUUCCCACAGUUGUGUCAAGUUGGCUGGAUGGUGGACCAUUCUUGAUACACACAGGAAACUAUUGAGCGUGAAAAACCCAGCAGCAGUUCUUGACACAAACCGGUGCGCCUGGCACCUACUACCAUACCCUGUUCAAAGGCACUUAAAUAUUUUGUCUUGCCCAUUCACCCUCUGAAUGGCACACAUACACAAUCCAUGUCUCAAUUGUCUCAAGGCUUAAAAAUCCUUCUUUAACCUGUCUCCUCCCCUUCAUCUACACUGAUGGAAGUGGAUUGAACAAGUGACAUCAAUAUGGGAUCAUAGCAUUCACCUGGUCAGUCUAUGUCAUGGAAAGAGCAGGUGUUCAUAAUGUUUUGUUCACUCAGUGUUUAAAGACAUGUGAACACAGCACACACUACUGUCUAAGCGAUCCUUGGGAUGAGACAUCCAAACAGAGGUCCUGAAUCUCAGUGGUUCAGAUCAGAGAUCUCAGCUCCCCUGGCAUUACCACAAGUAUAAGGGUCAUUGCUGUAAAAGAUGAUGCAUUCUCAAUUUUAAUUUUAUUUAAAUUAUUAUUUUUAAUGCACCCACAUUUAUGUAAAAACCUACAUAUUAUUAUGCAUGAAAACUCAUGGUCCACACACACUAAUACAAAACACGCACGCACACACAUACACUCCCCCUGUGAGUGGGUUGUUUGGCUGAGAACAGCUUGGCCACACCACAGAGAGCAGAAACGGGGGCAUAUGUCAUCACGAUGGUUGUUUUUGGUUUACCCAGGCCACACAAAGGUUCCCUGGCUUCAUGUCCUCGGGCCAAAUGUGUGUGUGUGUGCGUUAGUUAGUAGCUGAUGUAAUAGGAUUUGCGUGUGUGUGUGUAUUUGGUCCACUAAGCAGACAUUCUUAUACAGAGGGAUGUACUCAUUGUAUUUGUGGAUACAUGAUGUUUGCGUACGCGUGCGUGUGCCUGCAUGCGUUUGUAUAUGGUGUGCGUAUUACGCAUAAGUGUGUGUACGAAUGUGUGUCCCCGUGUAUGUGUGCCUGUAGACCUACCGCUCUCUCUCUCUCAGACAUUGAGAGUCUGCUCCUGUUGUCUGUCCGUCCGUCCGUCUGUCCUUCCAGAGGAGCGGAAGUAUACGUGUCACCUGUGUCCUUAUGCAGCCAAGUGCCGAGCCAACCUCAACCAACACCUGACCAUCCACUCUGUCAAGCUGGUCAGCACCGACGCAGAGCAGAUGGUCAGCGCCGUCAGCACCGCUGAGGGACGAGACGGGAAGACCUUCCCCUAUUACUACAGGUACUAUUAGACUGAGGUCAGCCUUUGGGGUUUGAUUGGGAACUAAUGAUGUCCUCUCCCCUCUAUAACCUGGUCUGAGGUCAGGCUUUGGGGUUUGAUUCGGAAUUAAUGAUGUCCUAUCCCCUCUAUAACCUGUUCUGAGAUCAGUGUUUAACCAAUCCUUCCCUCUUCCUGUCCAUCCAGCUGCCAUGCGUGUGGUUUCCAGACGGGGCUGAACGCCCAGUUCGUCAGCCACAUGUCUCUCCACGUGGACAAGGAGCAGUGGAUGUUCUCUCUGUGCUGCAGCGCCUGUGACUACGUCUGUGUAGAGGAGAGUGACAUGAAGACCCACGUCAGUCAAGGACACGCAGGUAGAUCAUCUGUCUGCUCAGGCAUAUAUUGUAUAGAGAUGUAUGGAUAUAGUUUUGGUCCACCUCUUGUCCCCGGUGGCAGCAAUAGGAUGAAGUCAGCUUGCACAACCAACUUGAUUGCAUUUAUUUUCCAGCUGAACUUGAUUUUGCUGUCGUCGAGUUGUUCCAAAUUGUAUUGAUUCUCUUCCUGAAGCGUGUAUCUAUCUGCUCACUCGGACUCAUGGGUUUUAAAGCAUUGUUUUGGUGUAAGCAUGGGGUAGAAAGAGGGGGUGGACACCAUUCCUUACACCCAGUCCAUUCCUUUUAAAUCCAUGAGGAGGACUGGAACUGUCUGCAUCUCGGAGCGUAGCCAAAGAAUCCAAACAGAAGGUUUUAUAUUGUAACAAUUUAUUAAAGUCCGUCAUAAAAUACUCACACAAAGCUAUAUUUAGCUUUAUGAAGAGAUGGUACAAACCUUUUUAGAAUGAUUCUUAGAUCAGCAAUAACAUGUUAUAGGGAGGGAGCUGUUGGGGGGAGUAUUGCAGAUUGUGGUGCUACUGCUGACUGCUCGGAGUAGAAAUGGCUAGUUUAGUUUACAGCCGUUUAUAAGAGAGGGAACCAACACCUUCAGUCUCAACACACUGGACUGAAGUGAUAGUAAAGCUUCAUAAAACGAGUCCCUUCCCGGGAGAGAGAGAGAGACAGGAGACUCUGUAACUCUGUAAACUCUCCAAACAGAAACAACUUCCACUUUGAAUAACACAACGAGUAGAUUCUUUCUUUCUUUCCCUCCUUCAACCUUCCCUGGACCACUGGUCCAAAACCCGGCCGGUCGAUAUCGUAUUUUCGUUCAGUAGCGUCUUUGUCCGGUUUAUCGUCCGAUGCUGUUGUCUGUCAUACCCUUUCCAUGGCAGGGUGUGUGGGAUUGUCCGGUAGCGUUGCAGACAGCUGAGGGGUCCUCAUGGAGGCCGGGGAGUGACCUUGUUUAUCUACGAGGGCUGCCCCUUGUCGUGCCGGAGGGGAAGAAAUCAAUAAGGCCCUCUGGUCCUUCAGAGGCGGGCCAGGGUUUACACACACACACACACACACACACACAUACACAUUCUUACCCUCUCUCACACAGACACAAACACAGAGUGGAGAGUCCACAUCCCAGCUUGGCAUUUAGACUAGCCUCCACACACUAGAAAACAUAGCUGCUUAAAACACACCACAGUGGGGCUGUAGAAAAGACUGCUGGGUGUUAUUUGUCAGCUGGUAGUGUUUGGACACGACAUCUCCCCAUGCCAGGCUCCAGACAGAUUUGGAAAUGGCCUAACUCAGCAUGUGUCAGCCACAUGGUCAAGGGGUCAGACUGGUGGCCCCACAGCAGGGAGCCUGGCUGCUGCUAGGGCUAGGAACAGGACAGAGAUACUAUAUGGUGGUACAGUAGGAACAGGACAGAGAUACUGUAUGGUGGUACAGUAGGAACAGGACAGAGAUACUAUAUGGUGGUACAGUAGGAACAGGACAGAGAUACUAUAUGGUGGUACAGUAGGAACAGGACAGAGAUACUAUAUGGUGGUACAGUAGGAACAGGACAGAGAUACUAUAUGGUGGUACAGUAGGAACAGGACAGAGAUACUAUAUGGUGGUACAGUAGGAACAGGACAGAGAUACUGUAUGGUGGUACAGUAGGAACAGGACAGGACAGAGAUACUAUAUGGUGGUACAGUAGGAACAGGACAGGACAGAGAUACUAUAUGGUGGUACAGUAGGAACAGGACAGGGAUACUAUAUGGUGGUACAGUAGGAACAGGACAGAGAUAUUGUAUGGUGGUACAGUAGGAACAGGACAGGACAGAGAUACUAUAUGGUGGUACAGUAGGACCAGGACAGAGAUACUGUAUGGUGGUACAGUAGGAACAGGACAGGACAGAGAUACUAUAUGGUGGUACAGUAGGAACAGGACAGAGAUACUAUAUGGUGGUACAGUAGGAACAGGACAGAUAUACUGUAUGGUGGUACAGUAGGAACAGGACAGAUAUACUAUAUGGUGGUACAGUAGGAACAGGACAGAGAUACUGUAUGGUGGUACAGUAGGAACAGGACAGAGAUACUGUAUGGUGGUACAGUAGGAACAGGACAGAGAUACUGUAUGGUGGUACAGUAGGAACAGGACAGAGAUACUAUAUGGUGGUACAGUAGGAACAGGACAGAGAUACUGUAUGGUGGUACAGUAGGAACAGGACAGGACAGAGAUACUAUAUGGUGGUACAGUAGGGACAGGACAGAUACUGUAUGGUGGUACAGUAGGAACAGGACAGAGAUACUGUAUGGUGGUACAGUAGGACCAGGACAGAGAUACUGUAUGGUGGUACAGUAGGAACAGGACAGAGAUACUGUAUGGUGGUACAGUAGGAACAGGACAGAUAUACUGUAUGGUGGUACAGUAGGAACAGGACAGAUAUACUGUAUGGUGGUACAGUAGGAACAGGACAGAUAUACUGUAUGGUGGUACAGUAGGAACAGGACAGAGAUACUGUAUGGUGGUACAGUAGGAACAGGACAGGACAGAGAUACUGUAUGGUGGUACAGUAGGAACAGGACAGAUAUACUGUAUGGUGGUACAGUAGGAACAGGACAGAGAUACUGUAUGGUGGUACAGUAGGAACAGGACAGAGAUACUAUAUGGUGGUACAGUAGGAACAGGACAGAGAUACUGUAUGGUGGUACAGUAGGAACAGGACAGAGAUACUGUAUGGUGGUACAGUAGGAACAGGACAGGACAGAUAUACUGUAUGGUGGUACAGUAGGAACAGGACAGGACAGAUACUGUAUGGUGGUACAGUAGGAACAGGACAGAGAUACUAUAUGGUGGUACAGUAGGAACAGGACAGAGAUACUGUAUGGUGGUACAGUAGGAACCGGACAGGACAGAUAUACUAUAUGGUGGUACAGUAGGAACAGGACAGAGAUACUAUAUGGUGGUACAGUAGGAACAGGACAGAGAUACUGUAUGGUGGUACAGUAGGAACAGGACAGAGAUACUGUAUGGUGGUACAGUAGGAACAGGACAGGACAGAGAUACUAUAUGGUGGUACAGUAGGAACAGGACAGAGAUACUGUAUGGUGGUACAGUAGGAACAGGACAGAGAUACUAUAUGGUGGUACAGUAGGAACAGGACAGAGAUACUAUAUGGUGGUACAGUAGGAACAGGACAGAGAUACUGUAUGGUGGUACAGUAGGAACAGGACAGAGAUACUAUAUGGUGGUACAGUAGGAACAGGACAGAGAUACUGUAUGGUGGUACAGUAGGAACCGGACAGGACAGAGAUACUGUAUGGUGGUACAGUAGGAACAGGACAGAGAUACUAUAUGGUGGUACAGUAGGAACAGGACAGAGAUACUGUAUGGUGGUACAGUAGGAACAGGACAGAGAUACUGUAUGGUGGUACAGUAGGAACAGGACAGAGAUACUGUAUGGUGGUACAGUAGGAACAGGACAGAGAUACUAUAUGGUGGUACAGUAGGAACAGGACAGAGAUACUGUAUGGUGGUACAGUAGGAACCGGACAGGACAGAGAUACUGUAUGGUGGUACAGUAGGAACCGGACAGGACAGAGAUACUGUAUGGUGGUACAGUAGGAACAGGACAGAGAUACUAUAUGGUGGUACAGUAGGAACAGGACAGAGAUACUGUAUGGUGGUACAGUAGGAACAGGACAGAGAUACUGUAUGGUGGUACAGUAGGAACCGGACAGGACAGAGAUACUGUAUGGUGGUACAGUAGGAACAGGACAGAGAUACUAUAUGGUGGUACAGUAGGAACAGGACAGAGAUACUGUAUGGUGGUACAGUAGGAACAGGACAGAGAUACUGUAUGGUGGUACAGUAGGAACCGGACAGGACAGAGAUACUGUAUGGUGGUACAGUAGGAACAGGACAGAGAUACUAUAUGGUGGUACAGUAGGAACAGGACAGAGAUACUAUAUGGUGGUACAGUAGGAACAGGACAGAUAUACUAUAUGGUGGUACAGUAGGAACAGGACAGAGAUACUAUAUGGUGGUACAGUAGGAACAGGACAGGACAGAGAUACUGUAUGGUGGUACAGUAGGAACAGGACAGAUAUACUAUAUGGUGGUACAGUAGGACCAGGACAGAGAUACUGUAUGGUGGUACAGUAGGAACAGGACAGAUAUACUGUAUGGUGGUACAGUAGGAACAGGACAGAGAUACUAUAUGGUGGUACAGUAGGAACAGGACAGGACAGAGAUACUAUAUGGUGGUACAGUAGGAACAGGACAGAGAUACUGUAUGGUGGUACAGUAGGAACAGGACAGAGAUACUGUAUGGUGGUACAGUAGGAACCGGACAGGACAGAGAUACUGUAUGGUGGUACAGUAGGAACAGGACAGAGAUACUAUAUGGUGGUACAGUAGGAACAGGACAGAGAUACUGUAUGGUGGUACAGUAGGAACAGGACAGAGAUACUGUAUGGUGGUACAGUAGGAACCGGACAGGACAGAGAUACUGUAUGGUGGUACAGUAGGAACAGGACAGAGAUACUAUAUGGUGGUACAGUAGGAACAGGACAGAGAUACUAUAUGGUGGUACAGUAGGAACAGGACAGAUAUACUAUAUGGUGGUACAGUAGGAACAGGACAGAGAUACUAUAUGGUGGUACAGUAGGAACAGGACAGAGAUACUAUAUGGUGGUACAGUAGGAACAGGACAGGACAGAGAUACUGUAUGGUGGUACAGUAGGAACAGGACAGAUAUACUAUAUGGUGGUACAGUAGGACCAGGACAGAGAUACUGUAUGGUGGUACAGUAGGAACAGGACAGAGAUACUGUAUGGUGGUACAGUAGGAUCAGGACAGAGAUACUGUAUGGUGGUACAGUAGGGACAGGACAGAGAUACUGUAUGGUACACAACCAAAACAAACUACAAAUGCAUCCAACAAGUUAGUAGAGUCACAAGCUUGAUGUAGUCAUUGCGUGCUAGAAAUAUGGGACCAAAUACUAAACCUUUAAGUACUUUAAUACACAUAAGUGAAUUUGUCCAAAUACUUAUGACACCUUCAAAUGGGGGGACUAGAUACAUAAAGUGCUUUCAUUUCUAAACGGUGAAACAGAUAUGUAUGAAAAUACCCUCAAAUAAAAGGUGACAUUCUGUACUGUCGCAUCAUAUAAAACACUUGAUCUCAAAUCCAAAAUGCUGGAGUAUAGAGCCAAAUUCUAAGUUUCAGCUUCACUGUCCAAAUAAAUACGUAGAGGAGGGUAACUAUAGUUCACAACGUUUCCACACUCGUAAAAAGUGAAGUGCGUUUGACUGUAUACAUUCUUCAAUAGCGUCUUGGACCUUGGAAAAAGAGCUAACAGGGAAUAUGCCAACAGGGAUGAUAAAUAAUGUGGUUUCCUGACGUAUUCAAGGGACAUGUACUCCUCGAAUGUUCAGAGCAUGAUGUACUCUAUAGCUCCAUUAGAUAGUGGAGUGGUGAGUCUCAUUUUGUCUUUUGAGUUAAAAGCGAGACAAUGCUAUUUCACUCUCUGCUUUCUGCGUUUCUGUACCUGCAUACUCUGCUUUCUGCAUUUCUAUACCUGCAUUCUCUCAUUCUCACAGUCAAGGAUGAAAGUGUGUCUUUGAAUGCAUCUGUGUGAAUGCCUCAGUGUGUUUGUGCCUAUGACGUGUGCUUACACACAUACAAGUGUGUUUGAGGUAGCUGGCGUCGGCCAUUUCACAAUCCAUGGCAGCCAGCAGCCCUAUGCUCCUGCUCCUCCCUCCUCUCCUUCUCCCUGACUGAAUGCCCUUUGUUGAGCUGUGCCCUGAGUUGCUCCCGCCAUCUUAGCUCCCUUAGCCGUGACCCUCCUCCUCCCCUCUUCUCUCUCGUAGUCUCUUUCUCUAUCCCAGUGAAGUACGGUCAGAGGGAGAGAGAGAGAGAGAGACACACCGAGAGAGAGAGAGGGGGACAGAGAGGGAGAUCAAUAAAAGCACACUGGCUGUUGAUUGAACUGGCAGUGGGGCUCCAGUCAGAGGACAUGGCACUGAAGCUGAGCCGGCCUGCCUGCAGUGUGUGUGAUUUUCAUUUUGUAGUCAACACACUGUGUAGUUUUUACUGUAGUUUAGUGCUUUUCCUCCUUUUAUAGGCUUGAGGUACCCUGUCUGAUGUUGAGAAAGCACUUAUGAUGACUGUGGCAGUGCUGGUAGUGACAGAAUUGCAGCAUUAUUACUUAAUCACUCAGGAGAUUCAGGAAGGAAAGUGAAAUGUAAUUACAAUGGUUAAUUUUAUGAAUCACCCCAACUAUCGAUGAGGAUGAUGAUAACAAUGAUGUUGAUGAUGAUUGACCCUACCUCCUAGGUCUGAACUCGCGGAGCCCCCUCAGUGAGACCAAGAGCACCUCCUCCUCCCUGUCGGCCCUCAGCGAUUCGCUCAACAGUUCAGAGGGUGGGGAACUCACCCACGGCAAUGAGGAGCUCAAGAACCUGCUAGCCCCUCCCUCCUCUGCAGGCAGCCAAUCCAGCUCCAGCAGCCACUCGGGAUCAGGAACUGAAGAGAAGUCUGAGAAAGGCAAGGAAUUCUGGGAUGUA